AUGAACCCGGUGAAACAUUGCAACCGCAUUGAGCUGAGGAGCGAACGGACUUUGGGAGAUCCCCAAAUAUCUGCUCAAAAAGGAAUUAAUUCAGAGGAACAGCCCUCUCCUCUCAUGCCUAAUUUGGUCCAGAACAAAGACAAGGAGGAGAUCACCAAGAAGGUUGAAGGGACUCUUCCACUUCCCCCACAAAUAUACACUCUAACAAGACAGAAGGGCGACUUCGAAACUGUAGCAUUGACAGAGAAGUGCAGUGCUCUACUCAUGGCAGAUAUUCCCCCAAAGCUCCAGGAUCCAAGAAGUUUUUCUAUACCGUGUAAAAUUGGCUCUGAGCUUAUACAGAAGGCUUUCUGUGACUUGGGAGCAAGUGUCAGCCUACUUCCAUACUCGUUAUGUAAGAAGCUAGGACUCCAGAACAUCAAACUUACUACUAUGGCACUACAAUUGGCUGACCAUUCAAGUAGAUACCUAAUGGGAAUAGUGGAAGACGUGCCAGUAGAGGUAGGCGGAUGCAUCAUUCCCAUAGAUUUUAUUGUCCUGGAUAUGGAGGAGGAUCCCAAGAUCCCAAUUAUCCUUGGAAGACCGUUCCUCACCACCGCUGGAGUCCUCAUUGAUGUGAAAAAUCACAAGUUAUCCUUGGAGAUCAGUAAAAAAAAGGAUGUGCAUAACCUCCACGAGCUGGCCGUGAUUGUUUCAUGGGAGUGGGGGCGUCAGAGGAGUCAAAAAGGUGAAGGGCGAGACACUAUGCGCGUAAGAGAGUCGGUCGUGUGA